CGAGUGUAAGUCGACGUCGACGUCGACGUCACGUUGCAACGCGUCGUCUGUUGCACGCACUUGACACUUGCCACUCGCGUGACAACAAUCGGUGCAGUCAGCAGUUGCAACGUCCGCAGCUGGUGGAACAUUCUUAAAAUAGCAAUCAAAUUAAAAACUGUAAUUGUUAUAAAAGGUUGAAAGGGAAAAUUGCAGUGGUCAACACGUGUGUGUGAAAGAGAGAGAGAGAGAGAGAGAGAAGUGAGGGAGGUGUAAGAGAGAGCUUGUGAGUGCGUUUGUGUGUGUGUGCGUGCAUCUGUGUGUGUGUGUGUGUGUCAAGGGAACUCAACCCAAAAACCACCCAAGUUUGGCAAGUUGACCUUGGCCCAGUUGUUGGCCGCCCAGCAACAGCGAAUAAGAAGAAGCAGAAGGAGAAGGAGAAGCAGCAGCUGAUGGUCGAGGAGAUUGGCUGCCUGAGACAAACUGGCGGCAUCGGCAUUCUCCUGGCCAUGCCCAGUCCAAGUGUGACGAGUGCAGCGCCCAUUGCUGCCACAACAGCCCAGCAACAACAACAACAACAACAACAGCAGCAGCAACAUUCGCAGCAACAACAUUCACAACAGCAACCACAACAGCAGCAACAUCUUCAACAGCAUCCACAGGGACAUCCUCAGCAGCAUCCACAACAACAUCCACAACAACAGCAUCCACAGCAACAACAACAUCAUCAAUUAGCCAACGCAAUGAGCAUGUUAACCGUUAAAUCGAACGCUGUUGGCGGCGGCGCCUCACGUUAUCUUUGGACCGACCGCGAGCUUUUGAUGCAUCUCCAGAAUUACACGCCUCUCAUUCUGCUCAUCGAUUUUGUGGAGAAGACGCGCACCAAGCGAUUCUACGAGAGCUCCGAACGCUACGAAAUUCUGAUGCUCGUCUUCAUCAUGCGCAAAGGUGCGCCAUUUUGUGAGAAUAAACGCUUUCCGGCGGAGUAUUGGGUGAAUCUCUCUGUGGGUCCCAUUGCGGAGGCCUUUGAUCGCCUCCAGGCGGCCAUCGAUAUUCCCGAUCCCCAGAUGCCCAUCCACAUGAGUGUUACGGAUUUGACCAGCUGGAAGCAGAUGUUCGAUGUCGCCAUGUUGGAUAUCAGACGCUAUGCUUACUACACCGAUCCGCUGCAAUUGGCCGAUGUCGGUGUCUAUAAUCGCAUCACGUUCGAGCAGCGAUUCAGCAUGCAGUGGCUGGAAUAGAAGUGAGGAGUGAAGAAGAAAGAGAAGAAAUAGAAGAGAAGUUAAGAGAAUUGAUAGCGUGACCUUGACCCCAAGUAGUCUGCUUACAAUAUUGCGUAUACGUAUUCUAACUCACCACACACAGUAUUCACCACGCACAGUAUUCACCACAUACGAAGUAUUCACCUCACACAGUAUUCACCACGCACAGUAUUCACCACAUACGAAGUAUUCACCACUAACAGUAUUCACCUCACCUCACACACUGUGUUCACCACUUACAGUAUUCACCUCACUACAGUAUUCACCACACUCAUAGUAUUCACCACACUCACAGUAUUCACCACUCACACUCAAACACUCAAUGAGUUCAAUGUUGGUCUAAGCAUGUGCCUUCUCCCUCACACUCACACACUAUUCUAACAACAAACUCUUAUUCGUUAUGCCAAAUUGGUAGAAAAGAGCUUGGCAAAAAAAAGCUGAAUGAAAAACGAAAAAUUGCUAGUUUCGACACUUUUGUCAACUAACUGUGCUGCUAACUUGGUAGACAAACGGCUACAAAUAGCUGAUUCUCAAAAAAAGCUAGUUUCGACACUUAGUGCUGUCAACUUAACAGCCAAACCGCCAAAAAAAAAGCUGAAUGGAAAACGUUUAGAAAGAAAUCGAGAAAAUUGCUAGUUUCAACACUUCUAGCAAAUAUAAACGUCAUAACAAACUCUCAUUAGUGCUGCCAACUUGGUA